AUGCCGUCUAUUGAGGAGAGCAAGAGGCAAGUGAAAGCCAGCCUGCGAGAUGCACACCAAGACAUAGACCACGAUGCCAUUCUAGCAAGCCUUCAAGACGAGAUCGACCGCCACAACGAGCGAGAAGACGACGACGACGACGGAAAGUCUGGUAAACGCAGAUGCAAGCAUACUUUCAGCGAACGCGACGAUAGAGAGAGGGAACGAUCAGUGAAAUUCCGCUUCAAGUCGGGCACAUCCGAUCCUCGAGAUCGCAAGCGUCGUAAACACCGCCGACGAGAGCGAUCGGAACAUCCUGACGAGCCGGAGGCAGCACAUCCAUUUCCUCGCGAGCCUACGAACUCCGAUCAAUCCGGUCAGUUUGACGCAAAUGCUGCUUUCCGCGACUCGCUAUUCGAUGCGCUGGCGGAUGAUGAAGGAGCCGCGUACUGGGAGAGUGUAUACAGCCAGCCCAUUCACGUAUACCCGCGACCGACAAAAGAGACCGCACAAGGAGAGCUGGAGCAAAUGAACGACGAAGAGUACGCAGCGUAUGUACAGGCGAAGAUGUGGGAGAAGCAGCAUCCGGAGAUUGUGCGAGACCGCGAGAGGCAGAAGAAACAGAGGAAAGAAGAGGAGGAGGAGAGGACGAGGCGGAGAGAAGAGUUCGUGCGGCGAAAGCAAAGAGCUGCAUGGGAAAGAGCACAGCAGGACGGCGCCCGGAAGUUUGCCGGUGUGGACGGUGACGAUUAUGAGUACGAGUUUGACUUCGAGGGUAGGAAGGAGAGCGCAUCGAAGCGGUCCGCGGAGAGCCACACCAGCAUCACCCAGCGGGAAUACUCCCAGGCUUGGCAAAGAUACCUGGCCGCAUGGGAUGAGCUCAAGCAUGAGCUUCUUCAUGCAGGCGAGUCCGCAGAUGAGGGCGGUGAGCCAUCGAAACGUAUACCAUGGCCCGUCUUGGGGGGGAGGGCUGUGACAAGACCCAAUAUCGAGACCUUUAUGCAGAACAUUCCACAAGGUGAGCGGAGCAGGGUGCAUAUCUUGAAGGCAGAGCGGGUGAAGUGGCAUCCCGACAAGAUGCAGCAGCGCUUCGGUGGGAAAGUGGAUGAGGGGACGAUGAAAGUCGUCACUGGAGUCUUCCAUGUAGUCGACGCCGCGCUGGAGGAGGAGAGAGGGAAGUCGUAG